GCCAUGUGCUUUUUUUGAGGCAGAGUCGCUCGUCUGAACAGGCUCGGCUCUGACCAACCUUGCCUGCUUAUUGAAGGGUAACACCGGGACUUGAGGACUUCAGCCACCCCCCCCUCGCUAGCAUGUACUGCACCAGACGCUGCCUCCGAACGGCGCUGCGGGCCGCGGCGAGCAUCCACCGGCAACAGCUUCAGCAGCAGACACCGGCGCUGUGUGCGCUUCGACUCCUCAAAACCAGCACCGCCUCGCAGUCAGACGCCCUCGCCACCCCUCCGUUUGACGGCUCCCCCAAACAGUACUCCCCCAAAAUCCAGCAGCUCGUAAACGACAUAGCCAGCCUCACCUUGUUAGAAGUUUCGGACCUAAAUGAGCUCCUCAAGAAAACUUUGAACAUUAAGGAUGUCGGAAUGAUGCCAAUGGGGGCCAUGGCGGCACCAGCUGCUCCUGGAACUCAGGCCGUCGAAGAUGAGGCGCCCGUCAAGAAGGAGCAGACUCACUUCACCGUCAAGCUAACGGAAGUCAACGCGGCUGAGAAAGUCAAACUCAUAAAGGAGGUGAAGAACUGCAUCCAAGGCCUGAACCUGGUGCAGGCCAAGAAGCUAGUGGAGUCUCUUCCCCAGGAGAUCCGUGCCAACGUAUCCAAAGACGAGGCGGAGAAACUGAAAGCGGCGUUGCAGGCGGCAGGCGGCACGGUGGUGUUGGAGUAAAAGCUCCGAAGGCCGCCUCCUGUCUGUCUUCGCUGCCCGUGCACUUGGUUCGUUUUAAUUUUGUACGCGACAAAGACGACGAAGACGAAAAACGGCCUUCCCACAUCCAUAGUGUCUCUUCAGAGAGCCGGAGCGGAGCAAGUCUGACUGAACUUUUGACCAAUAACCUCCCAACCGCCGCCGCCAGCGCUCGCCGCCGUGUCUGUCUCAUCAUACAUGUGCAGCUACACAUGCUGUGUGCACGUUCACUCGUCGAUGAACAGAAAGCCAUGUUGUGUGGAGGGGAACACCUUUCUUCAGGGAGUGGAUGGCUGUUUGUGUUACUUAAGGAAUUGUUAGAAAUGUGAUUAAAAAAAAAAAAAGAAAUAUCGUCUUUUUUUUGGUGUUGGGUCUUUCCUGUGUGUGUUUGAUAUCUGGAAUUAUACAGUCAUGGAAAAAAUGUUUAGACCAGCCUUGUUUCUUCUGUUUAUUGUUCAUUUUAUUGCCUGAUACCACUAAAGGUACCUUUGUUUGGACAAAUAUAACAAGGACAACAAAAGUAGCUCAUAAGAGUUCCAUUUUUUGCCAGUACAAUGCUAUAGCUAGUCAUGUAAGUGAUUUUGGUUAUCACAAAACCGUGGAAGUUGUGAGAAAAUUAAACUCUGAUGAACUAUAUUUGUUAUCAUAGUUG